AUGGUGGAGCAACAGGGAAUCGGUGGCGGCAUAGGCAGCGGUGUUGCACCCAACGGCUUCUCAAUUGGAAGCGGAGUACGUCCAACUGGAAGUCCUGCAAUGGAUGGUGGCCAGGGCGGCAUAAUCGGAGGAGGCGAGACGGGCGUACGUCAACCCGAGAGUUCGAUCGGAGACGGAGUUCAGCAAAACGAUGGCUCCAUUGGAAGUGGAGUUCAUCAACAAAACGGUUUGAUUGGCGAUGGUGUAACCGAAACGGCGUUCAAGCAUCAGACGGUUAUCCAACCCAAGUCAUCUAUUGGAAGUGGUGUUCAUCAAAGCGGUACAUCCAUUGGAAGUGGAGUUCAUCAACAAAACGGUUUGAUUGGCGAUGGUGUAACCGUGCGUCGAAUUAGAUCGAUAGGAAACGGCGUUCAGCAUCAGACGGUUAUCCAACCCAAAUCGUCUAUUGGAAGUGGUGUUCAUAAGGGCGGUACGUCCAUUGGAAGUGGAGUUCAUCAACAAAAC